AUGUCCGGCCCACCCGCGCACAAGAUGGUCCACCUCGAGGCGAUCAACGCCCUGCCGUCGCAGUACAAGGACUUCCGGACCGUCCUCUGGACAGGCGAGAGCAGUCAGCUCGUGCUCAUGACUGUCCCCGUCGGAGGCGAUAUUGGAGAGGAGGUCCACGAGGUUGACCAGCACCUUAUAUUUACCUCCGGAAUCUGCAAGGCGAUCGUCGCGGGUGAGGAGAAGGAGGUGAAGGCCGGUGAUCUGGUCAUUGUGCCGCAGGGGACUAAGCACAACUUCAUCAACACCGGCCCCACCCCUCUCUGCCUCUACACCGUUUACGCCCCGGCCGAGCACGACCCCAAGUCGAAGCACAAGACGAAGGAGGAGGGUGACAAGCUGGAGGAUGAGGGCAAGGACGAGGCACCAGAGUGGGCGCAGCCCAAGUAG